AUGAAGAAUGAUGCAUACAACUUCAUGAAGAAGUGCCACACAUGCCAAGUCCAUGCCAAUCUAAGUCACAAGCCUCCUACGUUGCUGCAGGACAUGCGCACUCCUUGGCCCUUUCACACUUGGGGGCUUGACUUGAUCGGGACUAUCCAUCCGCCGUUCGAUAGCUACAUAUGGAUCGUCACAGCCACUGAGUAUUUCACAAAAUUCGGAAUCCCAUACAAGAUCAUCACCGACAAUGGUACCCCGUUUGUCAAUAAGCAAGUAAACUCUAUGCUUAGUACCUAUGGUGUCAAGCAUCGUCACUCCACGCCCUAUUAUCCACAAGGAAAUGGUCAAGCAGAGGCCACAAACAAGACUUUAUUGAGGAUCCUAAGCAAAAUGGUCUAUGAGUAUGAAGGAGGUUGGAGUGUCCACCUGCCGGAUGCUUUAUGGGCUUACCGCACCUCUCCAAGAAGUGCCACAGGUUUCUCGCCUUAUUCACUUGUGUAUGGGUCCGAUGCCAUUUCACUGGUAGAGAUUAUCAUCCCCACUGCCAGAGUAUCAGCUGUUAAUGACCUGGAAUGGGACACAAAGUCAUGCUUGGAUUGGCGCCUGCUGGACUUCGAAGUUUUGGAUGAAAAAAGAGCAAAAGCCGAAAGGAGGACAGCGUUGUACCACAAAGCUGUAGCCCAAGCUUAUAAUAGGACAGUCAAGCUUCAAGCCUUCAAACAAGGAGACCUCGCGCUAAAAUUUGUGGAGCAUGUAAGAAGACAAGUGUCAGGACCUUCCAAGUUUGGCCCGCAAUGGGAAGGCCCAUUCGCAGUCAAAGAGGUCUACAGCAACGGCUAUUAUCACUUGGUCUCUGUCAAAGAAGGCACGCUGACGGAUCCCAUUAACGGGAAGUGGCUCAAGCCUUACUACUGCUAA